GUUAAAACAAAAGCACCAGCUCGAAGAGUGUCUUUGGAGUCAAUUUGAGAACUCAUCAACUGGUUGAAAAGAAGGUCUUGUUGGUACCUGCACCUCAGAGCCUCUUGAAAGAAGAUGACUGGCCUUCAGGACAACACUCUGAGGAUUGUUCUGCUGGGGAAAUGUGGAAGUGGAAAAAGUGCAACAGCAAACACCAUCCUUGGGAGAAGAGAAUUUGAAUCUAAAAUUGCUCCUGACGCUGUUACCAAGAAAUGUCAGAAAGCAGAGCGACAAUGGGAGGGGAGGAACCUUCUUGUUGUGGACACCCCAGGGCUCUUUGACAUCAAGGAGAAACUGCAGACCACCUGUGAGGAAAUCAGCAGGUGUGUCCUCCUCUCCUGCCCUGGUCCUCACGCCAUCAUCCUGGUACUACAGCUGGGCCGUUACACAAAGGAGGAGCAGAGUACAGUGGCAUUGAUCAAGGCCAUCUUUGGGGUGGCGGCCAUGAAGCACAUGAUCAUCUUGUUCACUCGCAAAGAUGAUUUGGAUGGUAAGACACUGCCGGAGUUUAUAGCAGCAUCAGACGUAAACCUGCAAAACAUCAUCAAGGAGUGUGGGACCCGCUGCUGUGCCUUCAAUAACAAGCAGAAUGCAGAUGAGGCUGAGAAGGAAGCUCAAUUGCAGGAGCUGGUGGAGCUGAUAGAGGAAAUGGUGAGGAAGAACGGAGGGGCUCACUUUUCUGAUGACAUAUACAAGGACACAGAUGAAAAGCUGAAACGGCAGGCAGAAGCCUUGAAGAAAAUCUAUGCUGAGCAAUUGUAUAAGGAAAUUAAACUAACAGAAAAGGAAUGUGAUCAGGGAAAAAUAUCACAGGAAGAAAAAGAGAAGAAAAUAAAAGUCCUAAUGAUGAAGUAUGAAGAACGAAUUAAAGAUAUAAGAGGACAAGGUGAAAGGAAUAUAUUUUCAGAUAUUGUACAAAGGAUUAGGAAUAUGUUUUAAAAUCAAUGGCAUAGCUUUUUCAAAUAUUGUAAAUUUUCUUUUUUCUUUUUAAUUUGCC